AAUUGAAAAUUUUAAAUUGAAAAUUACUUUAUUGUCGUAGUUUCAACUACCAAAACAGUAACACUUUGAAGGAAUGUAAAAGGAUUAAAUAGAAAUCCAAUAUUGUCUUAAUAAAACUAAAUGAUAAAAAAUUCAUAGAAAGUCACUAAAAUGCCUCUAAUUAGAUUUCUCCGUUCAAGACAGCUCGGACAUAAAUCAACUUCGCCUCUUCGUCUGGCAUGAGUAAGAAAGAAUCCGUUUUUCCUUUGCUAGAUGAUAUAAUUCCAAAUGCACGUAUCGCCUGCUCCUUACUUAAAUCUGGCAGAUUCAUUAUCACCUGUAGUAUAUGUGGCUUAACAUCAUCAGCAGCAUUAAAACGAUCAAAAAAUGUUGUCACUUUCUCAAACUGCUUGUUUGAUGUAGCACACAUUUCGAGAACUGUUUCAAUUUUUUUUGGAACACUUCAGCAUGUUUAUCAAACUCAUUCUUCUUUGACUUUUUUGAUGGCUCCUCAAAUUCCUUCUUGAUGGAAAUACCAAGAGUCCGCUUCUUAUUUCUGUUGAUAUCAGGCGAUGAAAAAAUAUCAUCAUUCGUAGUAUCGAGAUCCACAGGUACACCAAAAAAAUCAUCAUGGACAACACUUUUUGGAACAUGAGCUCCUUCUUGAGGUGCACUUUCUUUUCCUAAACUAGUCACCAUUUCAGCUGGAGACUCACACUUAUCCCCAGUUGCCCAUUCAGCACCAAAUAUUAUUGCUAGGUCAUCAUAAUAAGGGAAUGACUUGUGUCUAAGAUGAACUGACUCUUUAUGUCCCUAGAAUGACGAUAUUGAUUAAAAAAUAAGUAAACGUCACAAAUAACAUAUAACCAUAUUUAACACGUGCAAUAAUUUAGAUAUAAUACCUUAAUCCAAGAAGCCCAAACAUCUAAAAUUUACUCGUCUAAUUUCAUACCUCUCAUAGGCACUUCCUUUUUGACACCUCUUCCUCUUUCGUAUAAUAAAAGUGUCUCUAUAAUAUUCUACAUCGCAAGCACAAUGAGUAGAAAGUUUCUAAAAUUUAAAGCAACAACAUAAGCUGCCAUGCACAUUGUAAUUUCGUCUUGCAAUGAGCUGUCCAUGGUCAACACUAACACCAAAAAAAUAUAACUCCACUUAAUUAGUGUGUCAUACAAAUUUUAUUUAUUUAUUUAUUUAUUUAUUUUUGAAAGCUUGUUAUAAUAAGAAUGAAAAUAUGAAAAGUUUGUGAUACAAUAUUAGAUAAUUAGAAAUUAAAAGAUGUUAUCACAAAUCACAAUCAAAGAAAAAUUGUUCCAAAUUAACACUAAAACUCAAAAUUAGCUGGAACAUCUAGUUAGAAGCUAGGCAACAAUAGAACAACCGAACAGGGUAAAUACGCCUUUUUAAUAACAAUGAUAAAUCAAAUAUAAUGGGUAUAAGAGCAUCAAAUAUCAUAACUGGUAUAAUAACAGAGACCAUUACAUCAUACGGAGUAGUAAAAGCAGUACAACACACAUCAAUUAACAAAAAAACUUCAAAAUCCCUAUUUCUGCAAACAUGGGUUUCCAGUCCCCAAUCCCCGUUCAGAUUGCAAAUGCUAACUUCACAACAGCCGUGUAUAUACAUAUAUUCAUAUAUGUUUGUGUAUAUAUAGAUAGACAAAUAAUACAUAUAUAUAUUUGAUCAACCCAAGUAUUUCUCAUACCUAAACAACGGAUAUGCAUGGUUUAGCUUUCAAAUUCAAGUAUACAUCAAAUCUCAGCAUAUAAUCAAAGUUACAGAUCAAAUAUUUGAAUAUAUAAACACGUAUAUAUAAAUUAAACCAAAGUAUAGAAGCUGACCUCUUGAUAACGUCGAGCGGAUGGAGAAGAGAUUUGAUGAAUUGGUUUGAUGAUUUUAUUUGCUCAUAUAGAAGAAAUUAUGAAGUUCUUGCCGCCAAUUUUUUUGCUUUGCCGCCACAGUCGUGUUUCAAUCGAUGCCGCCAUAUGUUUUAAUCGAUGCCACCAUAUGUUUUAAUCGCUCGCAAAAAUAGGUUUUAAUCGAUGCCGCCAUAUGUUUUAAACUUUUAAUCGCUCGCAAAAAUGGAUGUAAACUACUUUGCAACCCUCCCCCACGUAAAAUAUUUUACACGGUACAGUGUAAAAUAUGAUUAAAAAAGUGCCCUACAGUUUACAUUAAAAUAGUUAAAACAAACGGUGUAAAGUGUUUACUUCCUCUCACUUUACACGCAAAAUGUUUACUUUACACCGUAAGAAACGGGCCCUAAGUCUCUUCUCUUGCAUCAAUCCGUUUGCACUUCCACAACGAAACAGAGCUGCGCGACCCUGUGGCGAAACAACACAGAUGGCGCCGGCGAUAGCGGAUGAUGAGAUGAAGCGUGACGGAUCGGAGAAGACAAGGUGCAGCGGCGGCGGGGCUACCUGGCCCUUCUUCUUUCCUUCUGCCCGUCAUUCCCUCCUAUUUCUUCUUCAUCUCCUUUUCUUGUCUUCUGUUCUCUGUCAUUUACUUUCUGAUCUGUUUCUUCCUUUGAUUCACGCUCAAGUUCUGAGUCUCCUCCUCCUUAAUUUCUGAUCUCAAUCUCUUACUAGAAUUUUUUAGGCUCCUCCUGCAAAUACUGGCAACAGCUUCCUGGUGGAUCUUGGCUUCGCACCGCAUACUGUUUGGUCAUAAACUGUAAUCUCAAGAAAUCAGAAAAUUAGGUGACAUUGCAAUUUUAUGUUCCAAUGGAAUCCUACCGCGAUUUACUUUCAGAUCUGUUUCUUACGUAUGUUAGUCUGCUCUUUGCUUUUACUUGUUUUCAGUUAUUUCUUAGUUUUUUUUUUGUAAUUUUAUUUUUUCAGUUGUAAUUUUUUUAGUAUUUUGUGUUGUUGAGUUUUUCUAGCAUACGGAGUAUUUAAAACUGUUAUUUCU